AGAGAGAGACAGAGAGAGCUAGAAAGACAGAGAGAGAGGGAGAGAGAGACAGAGAGAGGGAGAGAGACAGAGAGAGAGGGAGGACGCUGCUGCGAUGGCUACUUCGCUGCUCGGGGUGAGUUUCAGGAGCUCGUGGCUAAUUUAACUGCUCCUCUGUUUCGUGUCUUCUGCUGAGCGCGCGGGGCAGAACUGCAUGCUUCAAGGAAAAGCGCGUGAGGGGGAAGAGAGCGGCGCACGCGGAGACUGCAGUACUCUUCUCAUGUGCCUAGAGGAGCCGAGGUUGGGUUCCACUCCAUUGGCCAUGCUGGCUGCAACGUGCAACAAGAUUGGGAGUGCGAGCCCUUCUCCCUCCGCCGUGCCAGACAACCCCUCCUCCUUCGCCAAGAGCUUCCAGGGCUUCCACCCGUGGAAGCGUGCGGCACUGACCGGUAGUGGCAGCAGCAGUGGCAGCAGCUGUAGUGGUGGAGGUGGUGCGAGCUCAGCCCUGGUCUCCUACGGUGCAAGGAGCAAUGGAGUCGGAGUCGCAGGUGGCAGUGAGUCACUGUGCACGAGUGGUGCCACGACGGCGGGCGGCUCAAGUGCCUUCUCGCUCACGUCGUCAUCCAGCGCAUCAUCCGGGUCUCACUUCUCCAGUGACUACUCCGUCUUCCCUUCUGGCAGCUCCCAGGAUGUCUUCCUGUCCACCAAGGUGGAUGGGCUGCAGGGCAUCUACCCACGCGUGAGCGUUGCCACACACCCAUAUGAGCCAUAUGCCUCAGCAUGGUGGGACGUGGGCGCAAGUUGGGUGGAUGUGCAGGGUGCGGGCACACAGCCCCAGGCUCCUCCGCUGCAUGCAGGGCCAUCUCUGCACUCGCCACUGCAUGGCUACGGGUCAUCCUCGGACUUCGCAAGCCUGAGCCAUGCGGCGUUCGGCACCGGCACAUCACCACACCUGUUGAGCGGGCAGCACCUGAUAGACGGGUUCAAGCCCAUGCUCUCGUCACCAUACGGGGACUCAUGCGCGUCCGGAGGGGCCAUGCUGACUGCAGGGGCUCCACCACCAUCCUCCUCAUCAUCCUCAUCAUCACCUCGCUCCUCUGCGCGCCGCUACGCAGGUCGCGCCACCUGCGACUGUCCCAACUGCCAGGAGGCUGAGCGGCUGGGACCUGCGGGUGCCGCAAGCAUGCGCAGAAAGGGACUGCACAGCUGCCACAUCCCAGGCUGCGGGAAAGUGUACGGCAAGACAUCGCACCUGAAGGCACAUCUGCGCUGGCACACGGGCGAGCGACCGUUUGUCUGCAACUGGCUCUUCUGUGGUAAACGCUUCACACGCUCCGACGAGCUCCAGCGCCACCUGCGCACACACACCGGCGAGAAGCGCUUUGCAUGCCCUGUGUGUGGCAAGCGAUUCAUGCGCAGCGACCACCUCAGCAAGCAUGUGAAGACGCACAGCGGCACUGCGGGACCUGGGGGCUCCGGAGGGGGCUCCGGGGGGUCAGGAGGGGGCAAACGGGGCAGCAGUGACACAGAUAGCGAGCAGAGUGGGGCAGGCAGCCCUCACUGCGGGACACCCGAGCUACUGCAGCCCGCGGAGGCAUGAGCCCAUGCACCCCCCAACCUGAACCUGCACUGGGGAGUUGAUUCACCCCAAACCAGGGCAAAAAAUGGAUCUGGACUGGGGGGCUGAUUUGCCCCAUCCCAGGGUGAGAAAUUAAACUGGACUGGGGGGCAGGUUUACCCCAAACCAGGACAAAAAAUGGACCUGGACUGGGGGGCUGACUGACUCCACACCAGAGGGAGGAAUUGGCCUGGUUUGGAGUGUUCAUUUUCCCCAAACCAGGGCUAAAAGUGGACCUGGACUGGGGGGGCUGGUGUGCCUCAAAUCAGGGUAAAAUGGGACCUGCACUGGGGGGCUAUUGUACCUCAAACCAGGGUGAAAACUGUACCUGGAUUUGUGGGGGUGGGCAUAACUUAUCCAAAACCAGGGCAAAAUGGCUUUGGACUGAGGGGCUAAUUUACUUAAAACCAGGGCAAAAAGUAGACUUGCACUGGGGGGAUUCUUUGCCUCAAACCAGGCACAGAAAUAUACCUGGAUUGGGGGGCUCAUUUACUCCAAAGCUGGGCAAAAAUGGACCUGGACUGGGGGGACUGGUUUGUCCCAAACCAAGGCAAAGAAGAGACCUGGACUGGGGGGCUCAUUUCUUAUCCCUGGGCAAAAAUGGACCUUAACUGGGGGACCCCUUAUUUGAAGAAAUUAGCUGGAUUGUCCAGCUCAUUCAUUUACCCCACUGCAAGAAAGCAAAACAAACAAACAAACAAGCAAAUAAACAAAAAAUCCAGCUCUUUUAUUCCCCGUGCGCGCUGCCCCAAACCAGGACAAACAUAUAACAGAAAUGUACCUGCAGGACAGCUAACUUAUGUGUCC